CUUUUCACCAGUUUGAGCGGGGGUGUCGGGAGCAGGCGGAGAGCUUUCCUGGGAGGCUGGGGUGAACACUCUUCUCAGCGGCUCGCCUCCUAGCAGUGCUAUUUUUUGCCAUCCGCCCUCACCCCCAGCACACGCGCUCGCACACACACGCACGCACGCACACACACAGACCUCUCUGGAUUUCUUUGCCUUGAGUCUCCCGGGGCUGUGGGGAGCCAGGCUCAUCUCAAACCGAGCUGGCAGCUCCAGGCACCGGAGCCAUGCCCUGCACGGACUCUCAUCCUUAUCAAGCUCGUGAGGAAUGAAAGGAACCCAGGGAUCUUCAGAAGGCAGCAGUGAUGUGGACCAUUCCCCUGGAGUCUGCACCCUUCCGAGGGCCAUAGACGAUCCAGGGAACUGGCGAGAGCUCCAGACAGGAAAUCCCAGCUCUGCAAAAGUCCCCGUGGAUGCUGACAAAAGGAAACCCGAAUUGUUGGAAGAGCCUGCCCUAGGUUACCCAGCUGCAGAGUGAUUUUCCCCUCUGGCCCUAACCUUCCCCUCCAACUCCCAGCCGACCAGAGUACCAUGAAGAAUUAUGAGAAUGUGUGACAGAGGUAUCCAGAUGUUGAUCACUACUGUGGGAGCCUUUGCAGCUUUUAGUUUAAUGACCAUUGCAGUGGGCACGGACUACUGGUUGUAUUCCAGAGGUGUGUGCAGGACUAAAUCUACAAGUGAUAAUGAAACCAGCAGGAAGAAUGAAGAAGUAAUGACCCAUUCAGGGCUCUGGAGGACCUGCUGCCUAGAAGGGGCUUUCCGAGGAGUGUGCAAGAAAAUCGAUCACUUCCCUGAAGAUGCUGACUACGAACAGGACACCGCAGAAUAUUUACUGAGGGCUGUGAGGGCCUCCAGCGUCUUCCCCAUCCUCAGCGUCACGCUGCUGUUCUUCGGCGGGCUCUGCGUGGCGGCCAGUGAGUUCCACCGCAGCAGACACAACGUCAUUCUCAGCGCGGGCAUCUUUUUUGUCUCUGCAGGGUUAAGCAACAUCAUCGGCAUCAUAGUUUAUAUAUCAGCUAAUGCUGGAGACCCUGGGCAGCGAGACUCAAAAAAAAGCUACUCCUAUGGCUGGUCCUUCUAUUUUGGAGCCUUCUCUUUCAUCAUUGCGGAGAUUGUGGGAGUGGUUGCUGUGCACAUCUAUAUUGAAAAACAUCAGCAGUUGCGUGCCAGAUCCCACUCAGAGCUCCUGAAGAAAUCUACUUUUGCCCGCCUUCCACCCUAUAGGUAUCGAUUCCGGAGGCGGUCAAGCUCCCGCUCCACAGAACCCAGGUCCCGAGACCUGUCCCCCAUCAGCAAAGGCUUCCACACCAUCCCUUCCACCGACAUCUCAAUGUUCACCCUCUCCCGGGACCCCUCCAAGAUCACCAUGGGGACCCUCCUCAAUUCCGACCGGGACCAUGCUUUCCUACAGUUCCACAACUCCACUCCCAAAGAGUUCAAAGAGUCGCUGCAGAAUAAUCCGGCCAACAGGCGCACCACGCCCGUCUGAACUGACCUCUGAUCUCUGCCCCGUGCCCAGCACAACCUUGGCGGAAGUGUACAGAGAUGUCUCUGAGGUUGCAUGGCAUGGUCCUAGUGAUGGUAUUACUUUUUAUAAAGAAUGAAACCAAAUGGACUCAUCCUUCUCCCACUCUUUGCCCCCCACCCUCUAAGCCCUAGCCCCUCCAUUCCUCUCUAACUCUUCAAGCCCACCCCACAAUGUCAUUCCUCUCUCUGUGUAUCUGCACCACGUUUUCUUUUCUUCCUUCUUUACUGGGAGGACGUCCACAUUCUUCCCUCCUUGGAAGACGGCUUGGAGGAGUCAUGGGUGGUGGCCAGGGGAGGGAUUUCUGAAUCCCCAUCAGGUGAGUCAUAGUUGUCCCCAUAGUCCACCUACACAGAUCCUCAGGAAACCGACCACCCAGGUGGCCCUGAGGGAGGCAUCCAUCUUUACAUGUUAGAAAAACAUGACCAGAAAUCAAAGAUGUCAGAGCCCCAAAGCAGCUAAUGUAAUAAGCACUUAUGUUAUUAAAGGUUUUGCCUUGUUGUAA